AUGGAACAGCAGCCUACUUCAUGCAGUCCUUCUGUCCAGAUCUCAUUGCCACUUCCAAAAACUGCUGGUGAGAAUAACUUCAGGAGAAUCAGCCGCACAGAGGACAGCAUUCCCUAUCCGAUCCCAGGCUUGGCCGCAGACAUCCUGCACAUGCGAGUAAAAGGAGGAAGCAAGAUUCGCAGCUUACUGCAGUUUGCAGCAGCUCGCAUGCAAGGGGAGGUAAGAAACCCAAAUGGGAUGUCACUAAGACAGGUGGUCUUCACUGGCUCAGGCAGAGGAGUCACAAAAACUAUCACCUGUGUGGAGAUCCUGAAACGUAAAGUUGAAGGUCUGCACCAGGUGUCCAAACUCUACUAUAACACAGUGAAGGAGGUUUGGAAGAGUCCACAGCAGGGAGUACCAGGUAUAACCAUGGAGCGGAGAGUUCCUGCCAUCUGUAUCCUGCUAUCUAAAGAUCCUCUGGACCCCCAGGAGCCUGGAUAUCAGCCACCACAAAUCAUCAGUGUUCCCACAGAGGAUGCUGAGAGACGCAGGGGUCUGCUCAGGACGGCUCAUGCUCACUCGUCCCCACACACAGCCAAGAGACUCUGUCUGGAUGAUUCGAGUGCAUGUCCUCCCUAA